GUGCGUAUGGUCACCUCGCAGGGUCUCCUGAACUUGGAGCUUCACUGUGACAUCGCCCCACGGACAUCGGACAACUUUCUGCGCCUCUGCGAGAAGGGCUACUACGACAACACGAUCUUCCACCGGCUUAUCCGCAACUUCAUGCUGCAGGGUGGCGAUCCAACUGGCACCGGCCGUGGCGGAGAGAGCGGAUUUGAAGGUGGCAAGCAGUUCAAAGACGAGUUCGACUCCCGACUUGUCCACCAAGGACCAGGGGUUGUCAGCAUGGCCAACAAUGGCAAGAACACCAACAGGAGUCAGUUCUUCGUCUCGUUGAAGUCUUGUGAGCAUCUGAACAACAAGCACUCGGUGUUCGGACGGGUCGUGGGAGGCCUCCAGCUGUUGGAUGUCUUCAACAACUGGGAGACGGAUCCCAAAGACAAGCCCGUGAAAGAGAUCCAGCUCAUUCGAACAGAGGUCUUCAAGAAUCCGUUCAAGGAGACCAUCGAGGAAAUGAACAAGCCCAAGGUCGAAAAGGUGAUCGACCCCGUGGCCACAUGGUUUAGUAACAGAAAAGAUCCCAUGCAGGGGCACAAGAAUCGCAACUCCACCCAGGUGGGGAAAUACUUGGAAGAGGAGCUUCUGCCUGGCGAGAAGAGGCGAAAGGAGCUGCCAUCUGAAGAAAUGGAAUAUGCGAACAUCGCCCAGAAGUCAAAGAAGGCUCGCACAGACUUCGACUUCUCCUCAUGGUGA